AUGGAUACUCGCACCGACCGACUCUCCAAGUUCUUCAACCUGGUCAUUCAGGGAAAGAAACAAAUCACUGACAUUGACAAGAUUAAACGUUUGCUAGAAGCUAUCUACGAGCAGCCUAAUAAGACAUCCUGUAUCGAACGCAUUAUUGCCAGUCCAACAGCUUGCGAUGCCCUCCAGGUUGGACUGAGAUUUAAUGUCACUCCGUUUUUUCUCAACGAAACCACGGCCCCCUUUAUCCACUAUCUGGCCGAUCCUGUGGUGAAAAAGCUCUGCAACGGCCAGUUUCUCCAGGAUCUUUUGCUCAUUCUUGCUGAGCCAAAAACAAUAUGGAACGCCUUCAUGGCUGCUUUUAUGGCAAGAGAAUUGACAGAAUCGUCCAUUCAUGCCUUUUCCUGGAUGCUGGCUGAGCUUCUGUCUCUACCUUCCUUAGCCCAGAUUGAUAUCAGCAAUGAUGCCCAAAGAGUGAUCGAUGAUGGGUCACUCUUCCUCUCACCAUCUUCUAAUAUCCGCUCUUUAGGGUGCCGGAUCCAACAUAUUCUGACAGUUAGAUCUAGCAACGCCCCCGUCGACCCCGAUGUUGCGCCCGGUGGCCGCCAUGACAACGACUUUUCAGACUUUCGAUGUAUCGCCAUUUAUCCGACCAGUGAUGAGUUUAUGUCAACGGCACAGCCAUUCUAUCGUCGGAUGGACGAGAUAUCAGCCAUGCCACACGACAAUCGCAUCGCCACUCAUCUUGACAAUCAGUUCCGUCUCAUGCGAGAGGACAUGUUAUCCGAACUCCGUGAUGAUAUCCAGAUUGCACUGGGAAAGAAGAAGGGACAACGCUUUGCUACCUUACUGGCGAAACUAUCAAUUGUCAACAUUCUCUGUGGCGAUAAUAAACGGAUUCGUUCUUGCUCACUGGCCAUCUCAUGUGAACAAGGACUGGAUGCACUUUCGAGUCGAACCUCGGAAGAUCGAAAGGUUUUUCUCAAGAAAAACAGAAAUUAUCUCAGGCAUAACUCUUUUGGAUGUUUGAUGCGCAACGAGGAGAUCAUUGCUUUUGCGACCCUCGAUCGGAAUGAAGAUAAACUGGCAUCUAGUCCCCCGGUGAUCGUAUUGCGUAUUCUGGGUGACGGUGCAAUGAAAAAAACCCUGAUAUCAUUCAAGGUCUAUCACAAUAUUCGGUUCCUCCUGGUUGACGCUCCAAUUUUCGCGUAUGAACCAAUAUUGAGAUGCCUUCAGGAUAGAACAGACGUGCCACUAUCUCGAGAGUUGGUUGAGUUCAAGCAGGGCGACACCGCAGUGCCUUCCAAUCUCAUUCCUGACACUGUCAUCCAGAGUAUCCAGACAGCAGGAAACUACAACAUCCAAAACGUCAUUGGAACGCAAAAGCCAAUCAAUCUUGAUCCGUCUCAACUUGAAUCUUUCGUUUCGGGAUUGUCGCAAAGACUCAGCCUCAUUCAAGGCCCUCCUGGAACGGGGAAAUCAUUCAUUGGGGCUCUCCUGGCGAAACUCUUCUACGAUCGCAGUGAUGAAAAGAUCCUUGUAAUGUGCUAUACAAACCAUGCAUUGGAUCAGUUCCUGGAAGAUCUUCUUGACAUUGGUAUAAGCUCCUCGUCCAUUGUCAGACUGGGUUCGAAGAAUACACCGCGCACAGCGCCUCUCAGUCUAUCUGAGCAGAGGAGUUCGUACCGCCAUGCUCGAUCGACAUGGGAUGUGAUCAAUAAGUACGAAAGUGAGGCACGUAGUAUCAAGGAAAACCUUCUUUCCCAGGCAUUUUCGGAAUAUCAGCAGUUUAAAUUGAGUCCUCGGACUGUCCUGGAGUACCUGGAGUUUGAAGACGAGAGAUUCUACGAGGCGUUCCUUCCCCCAGAACUGGAAGAUGGCAUGACAAUGGUUGGUGAAAAUCAAAGGAGCGUCGAUUCAACAUAUCUCUACGACAUAUGGUCGACAGGGAAGUUGGCGCCGUUUGAAGUCACUACGGAAUCACAACCAAUAUGGGCGAUGAAUUAUGAGACCCGACAGGCGCGCAUCCGUGAGUGGACGCACAGUAUCUUGGAAGAAAAGGUAUCCAACGUCCAGGAAUAUACUCGCCGUAUUGAUAAGUGUCAGGAGAAUCUGGAUAAAGUGUGGAACAAGCGGACAUCGUCGAUUCUCCAGGACAAACGUAUCAUCGGCUGCACCACCACUGCGGCAGCGAUGUAUUACCAAGAUCUUCAAGCUACCUCCCCUGGCAUCGUGCUUCUCGAAGAAGCCGGUGAGAUCCUCGAAUCGCACGUUCUCACUGCUUUAGGACCAAAGACGAAACACCUUAUCCUCAUUGGUGACCAUCAACAACUGCGACCGAAGAUCAACAACUACGCUCUUUCAGUGGAGAAGGGAAAUGGAUAUGAUCUCAACCGUUCACUGUUUGAGCGCCUCGUCCUGGUAGGAUAUCCUCAUUCAACCCUAGCCAAACAACAUAGAAUGUGUCCUGAGAUCUCCUCUUUGGUCAGAGAUCUGACGUAUCCUGAACUGGAGGAUGCCCCAAAAACACUCGGCCGUCUGGCGCCACGGGGUCUUCAAGAUCGGGUCAUCUUCAUCAACCACGAACACCCUGAAACCAACUUUCCAAAGGUAUCGGACCGUCGCGACGAGGGGUCAAAGGGUAGUAAACACAAUACCUUUGAAGUGGAACUCGUCCUGAAGGUUGUCCGAUAUCUUGGGCAACAGGGUUAUGGAACAGACAAACUCGUGGUUCUGACUCCGUACCUCGGACAACUGAAACUUCUUCGAGACCGUCUGCAGGAGGAGAAGGAGAACGACCCAGUUCUCAAUGAUCUUGAUUCAUAUGAUCUGGUUAGGGCUGGAUUGUUGUCACAGUCAAGCGCCAAUCAUUGCAAACGUCCCAUCCGACUGUCAACUAUCGACAAUUUUCAGGGCGAGGAAAGUGAAAUCGUCAUUGCGACCCUGACUCGAAGCAACAAAAAAGGCGAUAUCGGAUUUAUGGCAGCUCCUCAGAGGUUGAAUGUGCUGUUAUCUCGCGCUCGAGAUAUUCUAAUCAUGGUUGGGAAUGCGAAUACCUUCACUACCAGCAAAAAGGGGAAAGGACUUUGGGCACCAUUCAUUAAAAGCCUCACGGCGAAGAGACACUUAUACGAUGGUCUACCAGUAAAGUGUGAACAGCAUCCUAACAGAACAGCUAUACUUCAAAAAAUAGAAGAUUUUGAUACGGAAUGUCCAGAUGGUGGAUGUCCACUUCCUUGCGGUAUCAAAUUGAGAUGUGGUAUUCAUACCUGCCCCUACAAAUGCCAUCAACUGUCGGAUCACUCCAAGAUGGAAUGCUCGGAGAUAGCAGAAUGGGUCUGUUCUCGUGGUCAUCGGAAAACUCGUUACUGCUUCAAGAUUGAUGGUACAUGUGGACCUUGUAACGAGGAAGAUCGACUCAAAGAAGCUAAGAAAAAGAGAGACAUGAAGCUUGAGGCUGAACGGGAGAGAAAGCAAAAGGAAUAUAGUCAAAGGCUGAACGAGUUGCAAGACGAAAUUGCACAUGAGAGACGUCUGCAGCAGGAUAAACAGGAUGAUGAACAGCGAGAAAGAACGCUGCAACAGCAUCACUAUGAUCUUGCCAAUUUGAGAUCCCCUCCAACAUCCUCUGAGAUUCGAGUGAACAGUAUUAUCACUUCUUCAGCUCCGACUGUUGAAACAUCACCCAUUCAUGCCAAUAAAAACAAUGUAUCGCAGCCUACCGCAAGCCGAAGUGUAACAGUCAAGCCGACGAACGAGCCUACAAAGCAACAACCACAGACGUCUCCCGCUCAAGAUGACUGGGAUUACCAAAAGAGAUUCCAAGGUGCACAGAGCGAUGACAUUGAUUCGUUGAUGCAAAUGGUUGGGCUGGAAGAGGUCAAGGCCAAGUUUCUCACAAUCAAGGCCCGAGUCGACACCGCUAUCAGACAGGGAGUUAAUCUCAAGAAUGAACGGUUUGGGUCAGUCUUAAUAGGCAAUCCAGGAACUGGCAAAACGACGGUUGCACGCAUCUAUGCUAACUUCCUUGGCUCGGUCGGGGUCCUGCCAGGAAGUUGCUUUGUCGAAACUACAGGGUCAGAGCUCGCCAAUGAAGGCGUUUCAGGAUGUCAAAAGAGAAUCAACAACAUUCUCAACAGUGGCGGCGGCGUUUUGUUCAUUGACGAGGCUUAUCAGCUUACAGAAAGCCAGUCUCAUGGUAAACAGGCCAUUGACUACCUUCUUGCAGAGGUUGAAAACCAAACGGGGAAAAUGGCUGUCAUCUUGGCUGGCUAUCGAACCCAUAUGGAAAAGCUUCUUCAGCAUAACCCUGGCCUACGCAGUCGCUUUCCAAAUGAGUUCAAGUUCAAUGACUACGAGGAUGAGGAGCUCCGUCAAAUAUUCGAGUACAGGCUAAAUAAGACUUACAAGGGGAAAAUGAAAGUCGAAGCUGGGACAGACGGUCUAUAUAGUCGAAUUGUAUCACGCAGAGUUGGGCGUGGACGUGGGCGAGAAGGAUUUGCCAAUGCACGCGCUGUGGAGAACAUAUGCUCCAGAAUUUAUGAUCGACAAGCAACCCGACUCAAAAGCGCGAGGAGGGUGCAGAACGUCGUGGAUGAUUUGUUGUUGACAAAGGAAGACCUCGUCGGACCAGAGCCUUCACAGGCUCUGCAGAGCUCUUCUGCAUGGCAAGAACUGCAAACGAUGAUUGGGUUGGAUUCUGUCAAGAGAACAGUCAAGUCACUGUUAAGCAGCCUCCAAUACAACUAUCAUCGAGAACUGAAGGAAGAACCACCUGUCGAUUAUAGUUUGAAUCGGAUAUUUCUGGGCUCCCCAGGCACAGGGAAGACCAGCGUGGCCAAACUGUAUGGGCAGAUCCUGGUUGAUAUUGGCAUGUUGUCAAAUGGAGAGUUGAUUGUGAAGAAUCCUGCAGACUUUGUUGGCAGAUUCAUUGGAGAGUCUGAAAAGAAUACCAAAGGUAUCCUGGCAUCAACGGUCGGCAAGGUCCUGGUCAUUGACGAGGCGUACGGUCUAUUCGGGGGAGGCACUCGCGAUAAGAUAGGAACGCAGACCAAUCAAUUCAAAACCGCAGUAGUGGACACCAUCGUUGCGGAGGUCCAGAGUACGCCUGGAGAGGAUCGCUGUGUUCUUCUGCUUGGAUAUCAAGACCAAAUGGAGGAGAUGUUUCAGAAUGUUAAUCCAGGUUUGAGUCGGCGUUUCCCAAUGGACUCUGCAUUCACAUUUGACGACUUCACUGGAGAUGAACUCGGCCGCAUCCUGGAUCUGAAGUUGAGGAAGCAAGGUUUCGACACGACAACCGACGGUAGAAAAGUCGCAUUGGAAUGUCUAGAGAGAGCUCGAAAUCGCCCUCAUUUUGGCAAUGCUGGUGAAAUUGAUAAUCUUUUGAACAAGGCCAAACUUAGCCAUCAGCAGCGUUUGAGUGCGGGCAUUGCAUCACCCACUGCAUCCAUUUUUGUGCCUGAAGACUUUGAUCCAGAUUAUGAUCGUGGACAAAGAGCUGAGAUGAACAUUGCAGGUUUGUUCGCGGGCAGUGUUGGGUGUGAAAAAAUCAUCGCACAAAUGGAGGGAUACUGCCAGACUGUCAAGGGGAUGAAAGUGCUGGACCUGGAUCCUCGAGAGCAAGUCCCGUUCAAUUUUUUGUUUCGUGGACCUCCAGGAACUGGCAAAACGACGACCGCAAGGAAGAUGGGCAAGGUAUACUACGAUAUGGGCAUCUUGGGCUCAGACGAAGUUAUUGAAAGCUCUGCUACAGACCUUGUUGGACAAUAUAUCGGGCACACAGGCCCAAAGACUCAGGAGCUACUUGAGAAGGCGUUGGGAAAGGUUCUCCUUAUUGACGAAGCAUAUCGUCUGGCAGAUGGCAAGUUCGCCAAAGAAGCAAUGGAUGAAAUUGUGGAUUGUAUCACGAAACCCAAAUUUGCCGGCAAGCUAAUUAUCAUCCUGGCGGGAUACGAUACUGACAUUAACCGACUUACUGACAUCAAUCCCGGGUUAACGAGUCGAUUCCCUGACUCCAUUGAGUUUGAUGGACUUAAUCCGGAUGCGUGUCUCAAACUGCUGAGAACAGUCUUUCAAACACGGCGAGAUGAGUUGUUACAGAAGAGAACAGUAAUGGACAUCAGUUGCCUUGAGGGGCCUACAAGUGACUUUUCACGCGACUUGCAAUCUCGAUUCUCGACAUUAACUGGCCUUCCCAAUUGGUCAAACGGACGGGAUAUCAAUACAUUGGCCAAGUCAAUAUUUGGGAAGGCCGUCCGAGCUCUUGUCACUGGUAACGUGGUCAUUACCGAGGGUGGUAUAUUGACAGAGUUGGACUGCAUGAUUAAAGAACGCAAACAUCGACUUCACUACAAUCCUUCAAAGGCUGUUAAAAUACCGGCUGCACCGGCAGAUCUCAGUCUAAAUCCUGCCUCCAGUAAUACGGAAACCGACACCAACGCUAAAACACACCUUCCACAACGUCCAUCGGAAUUGGAAGAGCCCAGUCAAACAGAAAAAUUUCAAGCGAUCAAAAAUCGAGAUGCCUGCGUUACGGAUGAAGUAUGGAACCAACUUAUCCAGGACAAGCAAACAGCGAUCAAACAGGAAGGGGCAUACCGGGACCUCCUCAAACAAGAACAACAACUUGAAAGAGACGCAAAGUGUGGGAAUGAAGAGGACGAGAAUGAGGUAAAAAAGGAUGAAGGCACUAAACAACAACAUGAACAAGAGCGGCUCCAACGGGAACUUGAAAGACGGGCCAAAGAAGAGGAACUGAGAAAGCUCCGAAAGAAAAAGGUAGAAAUGGAGACACAGCGCAAAAAGGAACAGCAAGCACAGAAGAAACUUCGCGAGAUAGGGGUCUGUGUUCAGGGAUUCCGUUGGAUCAAGCAGGCUAGGGGAUAUCGAUGUGCUGGAGGAUCCCAUUAUGUAUCGGAUGGUCAGUUGGGCAUUUAG